AUGGCCGAUGGAUAUACAACAACAGCAGUUCAUCCAGUUCGACGUCGAUACGAUUCAGAACAUACAGUUCCUCAAUCAGAUAUUUCAAUGUCUGUGGUCACUGAUGACACAAGAUUUGAAGUGAGUUUGAACUUUUUUUGAAAUGUCAGAUCUUUACUCAAAAUUGUCUAGCCAAAGACUGUGAGUGAUUCCAAAAAUAGAUCACACAUUUUUGAUGUUUAAAAAGUAUUUACAAGUAAACAAAAAGUUUGUGUCACGUGGGAGGGAGAAAUUCGAAAAUCAAAUAAUCAAGAAACUCUCAUUUUUUAGAAAAAAUUUAUCAGUCACAUCAUAUCCCUUCUUAAUCCUUGUAGAGUUCUAUUAUCUCUUGUCAAUAUCAAUAUAGGAUUUCAAAAGAUUAAGAAUCUUGCUUUCAUCUCCAUUUCUAUUUCCCACAAACAAAACUCUAGUGGGCGGAGCCUCUGAAUUUUUUGUUCGUCGGCCGAAUUUUUUAUUUGCAAUUUUUUAAACAAAUAGGUUUUUUCUACUGGUCUAACUAAUAUAAUCGCUGACUCAUUUUGUAUUUAUUUAUUUAUCUCGAAGGGUUUUUGAAAAUAGAUCAAAGGUUUUGGUUUUUUUAUGAGAAUGUUGGCAUGGUAACUUAUUUAUGAACAAAAAAUGCAACAAUUUGAGAUUGAGGAGAAAGUUGAAGUCUGCAAUUUUUUCCAGAAUUUUUUUUGAUGAAACGUUUUUCAGAAUAUCCGGAGGCGAUCUACGAUUUAUGGAUUAAGAGAUCGAAGUUCAGGAUGGUAAGUUUUACAAUUAUUAUUUUUUCCUUUAUAAAAAAUCAUCGAAAUUCCAGCUGUGCCAUAAAUGUGGAACCAAUUCUAUUUUUGAUAACAUGCUGUUUUGGUUUGAUGUCGACGAAUUCAUCGCUUUUCACAUAUUGGGCGAGAUGUGUUGAAAUUGCUAGCGAAAAUCAGGUUGGCACUUUUAUUUCCGCUUCAAAAGUAAUAAAAAAAAUAUUUAUAUUUCACGAUAAAAGAUCAGGUUCAAAAGUGUAUAUAUGGGGUCUCAAACAUCACAAGUUGUCAAGGUGACUCUACGGCGUCCAUUUAAAUUUUGCGUAUUUCAGGAAAAAUAUUCACACAAUGUGACAUACACAUGUGCUCUAAUUGCGAAAUCCAACAACACUUUGCAAGAUGAGGUGGAAAGAGAUAUUGCAAGUAUGAAAAUAUGGCUGCAGGUGAAAUUUUCUGAAUAAUAAUAAUAUUUGAAAGGAAAUGAGUGAGAUAUUUUUAGAUCUGUGGAUGUUUGCCGACUUUAAUAACAAGCCCAAUUGUUGGAAAUUGGUCAGAUCGAAAUGGAAGAAAAGCUCCACUUCUUUUUUCUCUUCUCGGAUUUUUUCUGUCCAAUCUUAUUCAAUUGCUAGCCACUUUGACUUAUGAGAGUAUCAAUAUUUAUUAUUGGUCAUUCAGUGGUGAAUUGUUGAUGGCGCUGUUUGGUGGAGGAGCUGCUACAUUUUCAACGGCUCUUGCGAUUGUGACGGAUGACUGUAGACACAAACUCAAACCGGUGAGGGAUUUUGAAUUUGGCUCUCAUUAAAUAGGAUGUUCUUAUAAUGUUCUGAGGUAUUCAUUAAAAAAAAUUUCUGAAAAUAAAUUCCACCUGAUCUUGAACUUAAAUAAGAAACUAAACAUCUGCGAUUCCGAAAUGUAGAUCUUAAAAUCUUCUACGGUGCCUAUAUACAAAGUUUGAAGCUAAACCAAAUUUUUUUCCAGGGUUCUUCAACUGUUCCAUUUCGUGUUGGUUUGGCUUCAUUCAUCCAAUCUCUCGGAAUGUUAACUGGAACUUUUAUUGUCUCUCAAAUGAGCGUUCCAGCUUUAACUUCAGUUGAAAGACAUGCUGAAAGUUACUUCAAAGUGGCAUUUAUUCGUAAGAUUUUCCUCUAUUUUCCCAUUCGCAUAUUUAUAUUUUCCAGAAGUUGGUUUUUCAUUGAUCGCUUUGAUCUACGCAAUAUUUUUCGUGAGAGAAACUCAUUUCCCGAAACGGGAAGAUUUUCAAUACAAUCAAUUUGAUCAAUUGGAUAAUAUUGAAGAGGAACUUGAUGAAACUUCUGGACAAAUUUCGACACAUAAAAAAUCGAUUAUUGGAAAAUUCCAGAACUAUUUCGGGCAGAUUUUCGGAGUUUUACUUGCCAGAAGACCUGGGUGGACUAGACUUUGUCUGUGUGUUUCGGUUUUCUUUGUUUUUAUCGAAUUCCUCUCUUUUGGUAAGUCAGAACAUCUGUGAGCCAAGAAAUUAAACAUCAAACAAUGUAAAUUCAGAUCCGGCACUUCUACUUCUUCUGGUUAAACGUAUGCCAUUUGCGUGGAAUGAUAAACUUUUCAGCUAUUUUUCAUUAUUGAGAACGAUUUUGACAUCAGUUGGAAUGGUUUUAUGUCCACUUCUUCUAACACUUUUCCAUUGGCUUGGCAAAGAUUCCUUGUUGAUUAUUCUUGCAUUGGCAGCGUCAGCCGGAGCAUCGUUUCUCACAGCAUUCGCCACCACAACGAAUCAGAUUUUCUACAGUAAGAUUUCGACUUAAAACACAGAUAUGUAUAGUCUUAAAAUAUUUCCAGCGUGCAUGUUUGCUGUUUUGAUGGGUGGAAUGCAGCCAGCCUAUCGCUCAUUUUUACCUCGAAUGGUGGCAAAAGAAGAGACUGCAAGACUGUUGACGGCUGUAACUAUAAUCAUGUCAUUUUCGCCAAUCUUGUCAUCAAUUAUUUUCAACUCAAUUUUCAAUGCAACUCUUGAUUGGUGGGCUGGUUUCUCGUUUUUUGUGGCUGCCAUUUUUCAGACGGUUGUGUUUUUUGGACAAAUGUGAGUUGGAUUAGGGAUUGAAAAAGUUUGGAAAUCUUUGAAAAAAAAAGGUAUUUCAUCUACACAAACUUUAUUGAAAAAAUUAUAAAAAACAAAUAAAAAUGAAACGGGUGAAAAAUGGUUGUCCGACCAAACCACAGAUUUUAAAUUGUAGCAUCUUCCACCAAAAUCUUUUCAAUUUUGACACACUCGAAUCUCAUAACACAAAAAAGUCUGAUUUUUUCAGUGUGAUCCAUUUAUUGAUGCGACCUCAAUGGAAACUAGAAAAACAACUCCGAGCACAUCGAGGAUUAGAAAACGAAGAUCGAGAAAUCGACUAUCAUCCGGGUGAUGCAGAACAACGAAGUAUUUCGAACACAGCAGUUGAUUCGGAUAGCGGAUCUCGACGCGAAAACAUUUGA